AUGACGUCCCAUUUAGACUUUAGUGGGUGCAAGAAGAGGAAGAGAGGUGAGAGGGUGUUUAGGUUCAAGAGCUUCGGAGAAAAUGGGUACCCAGUUGGGUUUGUUGGGUCGUCAUUUAGGGAAAAUGUAAAGGCCCUCCUUGAAUACGGGCAUGUGGAGGGUGGUAGCCUAUGCAGCACUAGUUCUACUGGAAUGAAGUGUUGGUCAUUUCAGCUUCAAGUCCAUCGCCAUGCUCCUGCCCACGUCGUGCUCUUUGUCGUUGAAGAACCUAUCGAGGCAUCGCUCAAUCGCCAUUGCAAGCAAUGCCAAUAUGUCGGCUGGGGGCAGCAUAUGGUUUGCAAUAAGAAGUACCACUUUGUGUUGCCUUCCGCGGACACAACGGUGGCAGCGGCAGCUUGCUUGAAUUGCAAAGGUAGCAAAGUCUCCUCCUCCGUUGGCAAUGGGGGCACCGCGGCAAUUAAUGGUAAUGCGGGUAAUUCAUCCAAUAGUUUAGUGGAAUUAGACGGUCAUAUGAUGCACGGUGUGUUUCACUCUAACGGCUUCGGGCAUUUGCUGUGUGUCAAUGGGCUGGAAACCGGUUCCGACUUGGCUGGACACCAGAUCCUUGAAUUUUGGGAUCGUUUAUGCACCGGAUUGCGAGCAAGGAAAGUGAGUUUGAAUGACGUUUCACAGAAGAGAGGCAUGGAGUUGAGGCUAAUCCAUGGAGUAGCAUACAGCGAGCCAUGGUUUGGUCGUUGGGGUUACAAAUUCGGGCGUGCAAGUUUUUGUGUCACUCAGCAAAUGUACCAAAAAGCCAUUGAAGCACUACAAGGCAUGCCCUUAUGCUUGCUUAUCCACGACCAUCUUGCCACUUCCAACCAUGACAUUCCUCUCAUCUUCUCAAGGUAUCACACUCUGUCAGACAAUUCUUUGGUCACUCUUGGUGACCUUUUCCAUUUCAUGCUAGAGCUCAAGUCCCGGUUGCCGCCCACAGACCAAAAUUCAUGCAUUGAUUCCUCCUAUAACCCGGCAAUGUUGGUGGAAACAAAUUGUAGAUGGUCCCCGAAAAGAGUUGAAAUGGCGACUCGGGUGAUUGUGGAGGCCUUGAAGAGGGCUCAGUUUAGGUGGGUGUCUAGGCAAGAAGUUAGGGACGCCGCUCGUGCCUAUAUAGGCGACACGGGGUUGUUAGAUUUCGUGUUGAAGUCGUUGGGGAACCACAUUGUGGGAAAUUACCUGGUUCGCCGCACCUUAAACCCGGUGACUAAAGUUCUUGAGUAUUGCUUGGAAGAUAUCUCCAAUCAUGUGUCCCCUAAUAACCAAGAUGGCUUGCUCAGGAACAAUCCGAAAAUGAAAGCUGCGUGGUACAAGAUUUCGAAAUUCCAGUUAAUGAAGGACAUGUUCUACUUGUACAAGCACAUCCUCAAAGACCAGAAGCUCAGCACAGGGAUCUUUUCAGCCAUACCAAUGGCUGUAAGGAUCAUUAUUGACUCCAAGUACCUUGUGAAGGAUUAUUGUGGUGGUGAGGUGCCUAUGGAGGUUGAACUAGGCCUUCAAGGCAAGUCAAACAUCUACUGCACCGUGGUGCUAACACACCCCGAUGACGAAGAGCUUGAUCAUGAUCAAAACUAUAAUAAGAUUAUAAGCAACAAUGCAACAUUGCCACCCUACGAGUGCCUCACGCUGAAGAACAAUGCGACAGUUGAAGAGCUCAAGAAAGAAGUGGAAAGCAAUUUCAGGGAGAUUUACUGGGGAUUGAGGGGGUUUGUGGUGGAAACAAUUGGAAAUUUUGGAAAUUUGAAGAAUGCGAAGGGGACAGAUAUGGUUUUUGGGUUGGUUGAGGCGGGUCAGAAGAUUGUGGUUGAAGGAAGCAACAAAGAUAUGAGAGGGCUUGUAAAACAGGAGAUGUAUGAAUGUGGGCGGAGGGAGUAUGUUGUGGAUUGCCCUUGUGGUGCCAAGGAAGAUGAUGGGGAGAGAAUGGUGGGUUGUGAUAUAUGUGAAGUCAGGCAGCAUACGCUUUGUGUUCGAAUACCAAACAAUGAACAAGUGCCUCAUAUAUUUCUCUGCAAUCGAUGUGAAGGAGAAAUCAUACUUUUGCCUUCUCCAUAGCUCUGCAGCAGUAGCAAGUAGCAACCAAUAUUACUUUCAUUUAUUAUGAUCCAUCCCCUUAAUUCUGUGUCAUCAUUGUUUAUGUUUCAUUAAUUUAUGUCCUUUUUAUUCUGGGAAGAUGU